UUGCGCGCCCUCGCCAUGGCUCGCUGGGUGCCCCUCGCGGCCCUGCUACUUCUCGUCACAGUCGACGCCGCGCGCAAACCGGCCCCGCCGCGCAGUGAGCCGCAGAUCGAGGAGGUCACCUCCAAGCAGCUGGAACGGGUGCUGGAGGACAAGGACUACGUGGCCGUGUUCUGGUAUGCGAGAAGCUGUGUCACAUGUGACAAAGUUCUAGAAGAAUUAGAGAAGAUAGAUGACGAUACGGACACAUUUGGCGUCGACUUUGUUAAAAUAAACGACAAGAGGCUCGCGAAACAGUAUGGCAUUACGAAAUUCCCCGCCCUCACGUAUUUCCGUGAGAAGGAACCGAUUAUAUACGAAGGAGAUCUCAUGGACGAGGAGAGCGUCUUGGAUUUCCUGACGAGUUUAGAGGCAAUGGACCUUCCAGACCGGAUAGAAGAGGUUAAUCAGAAAAUUUUAGACAAAAUUGUUGAAGACACAGAAUACGUAGCCGUUCUCUUCUGUCCUGAUCACAAAAAUUGCGGUCCGAUCAACAAUAAGCCCGAAUGCAAGAAAUGUGCUAAAGCUCUUCAAGAGCUGGAGAACAUUGACGAUGAGGCCGAUCAACUAGGUAUUGGUUUCGUUAAGAUCCAUGAUGAAGAAUUAGCCGAAGAGUACAGUCUUGGAGACUUGCCAAGAUUAGUCUACUACAGGCAUCAAAUACCUAUUAUAUAUGAAGGUGAAUUGAGUAAGGAGGAAGAUGUUUUGGAAUGGCUCAUUGCUAACAAGUCGACUGGGGACGAAGAGGACGUUAUCGAGGAUGUGACCGCUAAAACAUUGAAUACGCUUAUAGGAAACGUUGACAACUUGGUUGUUCUAUUUUACGAUCAUGGCGACGAAGAUUCAAUGACCGUGCUGGGAGAACUGGAAAAAAUAGAUGAUGAUUGUGACAGACAUGGAAUCCAAUUCGUUAAAAUCGAUGAUCCAAAAGCCGCGGUUGAAUUCGGGAUUGACGAUCUUCCCUCUUUAGUGUACUUUGAAAAACAGAUCCCCAAUGUAUAUGAUGGUGAACUAGAAAAUGAAGAAGAAAUUUUGGAGUGGUUAGUAGAUCAGCUAGAAAAGGAUGAAAUUGAAGAUGUUACGGAUGAAAUGCUCGAUCGCCUUAUUAAAGAUGGAAAGACGGUAGCUGUACUGUUCUAUGAUAACAAUGACCGAAAAUCUCAAAAAGUCUUAAAUGAGUUGGAGAAUAUUGAUGACGAAUGUGAUCAACUAGGCAUUGCUUUUGUCAAGAUUGAUAAUGAUGAAGAAGCUAAAGAAUAUGGCAUUGAAAAAGUACCAACAUUACUAUAUUUUGAAAAGGGAAUACCAACAUAUUAUGAAGGCAAUUUAGAAGAAGAAGAAAAAGUUCUUGCCUGGCUAAAACAUCAAACAGAAAGUGACGAAAUUGAAGAUAUUACAGACGAAAUGCUUGAUCUCAUCAUCGAGAAAAUGCCUUACGUCGCAGUUCUAUUCUAUGACAAGGACCAUAAAAAGAGUCAAAAAAUCUUGGCUGAGUUAGAAAAUAUUGAUGACGAAUGCGAUCAGAAUGAUAUUGCCUUCGUUAAAAUCGAUGACGAUAAAGAAGCUAAAGAGUACGGUAUUGAGACAAUACCGACAAUGGUGUUCUUUGAAAAAGGAAUUCCUCACGUCUAUGAAGGGGACCUCAUGAAAGAAGAAGAGCUCUUAGGAUGGUUAAUCCAUCAGAAGAGGCACAGUGAAAUACCCGAGGUUACGGAUGAAAUGAUGGACAAACUUAUAGAUACAGCACAAUACUUAGCUGUGAUCUUUUAUGAUAAAGAAGACAAACAGGACAUCAGAAUUCUCAAUGAAUUAGAAAACAUUGAUGAUGAAUUAGAAAAGGAAGGAAUCGUCAUUGUACGUAUAGAUAAUGAAGCCGAAGCAAAGGAGUACGGAAUUGACCAUCUUCCCACUUUGGUAUACUUUGAGGAAAAUAUUCCAGCUAUUUACGAAGGAGAUCUUAUGAACGAAGAUGAAGUUCUGGAAUGGCUCAUUGAACAAAAAAACAGCGCUACUAUUGAAGAAGUUACCGACGAAAUAUUGACUGAUCUUAUCGAAGAACAUGAAUACGUAGUGGUUUACUUUAGUGGUAACUGUGAAGAAGGAGAUGAAUGUGAUAAUAUAUUGGAAGAAUUGGAGAACAUCGACGAUGAGCUUGAUGAAACCGGUAUAAUAUUCGUCACGACAGAGGACAUCACUCUAGCCAAGAAAUAUGGAAUCAAAACCUUCCCCACACUUGUGUUCUUUAGAAAUAAAGAGCCACUUAUUUUCAAAGGUGACAUCGAAGACGAAGAUGAAGUCCUCGCGUGGUUAACUGACGAAAAUACCCUCGAAAUUCCCGGAAAAAUUGAAGAAGUCAAUGCUAAAAUGCUAGAGAAGAUUUUAGAGGAGAAUGAACAUAUUGUAGUCUUCUUUUAUAAGGAAAAUGAUAAAAAGUCCCAGAAAAUAUUGAGCGAACUGGAAAAUAUUGACGACGAAUGUGAAGAACAGGAUAUCGACUUCGUUAAAACUUCCGACGAGGGUAUCGAUAAGGAAUAUGACCUUCCUGACUUACCGGCAUUAGCUUUCUACAGACACAAAUUCAGAACUAUCUACGACGGAGACCUAAUGCAUGAAGAAGCCAUUCUUAAAUGGGUAUUGGAACUUCAUACUUCUCAUCCUGACGUAAUUGAAAAUGUGGACAGAAAAACUUUGAAGGAUCUCAUUGACGAUGUUGAACAUUUAGCGGUAUUUUUCUAUAAUGACAACUGUGACACGUGUGAGGAAAUAUUGGAAGAAUUGGAAACGAUUGACGAUGACACCGACAAACAUGGGAUUCAAUUCGUUAAAUCUAAAGAUUCAAAAUUGGCAUCUGACAUUGGAAUUUUCAGUUUUCCCGCUCUAGUUUACUACGAAACUGGAGUACCAAUAAUGUAUGACGGUGACUUAAAGAACGAAAAUAAGGUUCUCCAGUGGCUUAUAGAUCAAAAAAGUGAAGAUAGCCACCAACAAAAUAAACCUAAUCCUAAAUCCAAGGCCAAUGCAGAUGAACGAAAAUCGAAAUUCAUAGGAAGAAACGCCGAUCUAGCAAAAGAAGCCUCAGCGAAGAAAUUAGGAAGUUCAAGGCUUAAUCGAGAAUUAGAAAUUAGCAAAAAAAGCCACGAAGGCAAGUUGACACAUACCGAAGAUGACGAUGACGACGAUUUUGAUAAAGAUGACGAUGAUGGGCAUUAUAGUAUCUUAGGUUCUAUUAAAAAAAAACUAUCUUUAUUUAACAAUCCAGUAAAAGAAAAAGUAACAGUCCGAUUUCCUAAAACAGUAAAUAAAUUCAACAGACCUAAAAUUAUAAAUAAUGUUGUUGAUGAUGACGAUGAAGAUGACGAUGACGAUGACAAUGACAAUGACGAUGAUGAUGAUGAUGACGAUGACGAUGACGAUGACGAUGACGAUGACGAUGACGAUGACGAUGACGACGAUGAUGACGAUGACGAUGAUGAUGAUGAUGAUGAUGAUGAUGACGAUGAUGAUGAUGAUGACAAUAGUAAUGAUGAUGACGAUGAAGACGAGGACACCGAAUACGAUGACAAAAGUAAAAAAUUAAAAAAAUAUUCUAACAAUAUACGUCACAGAGUAGGUAAGGCACUGAAAAAUGAUAAAAAUAGUGACAGUAAAGAUGAUGAUGAUGAUGAUGAUGAUGAUGAUGAUGAUGAUGAUGACGAUGACGACGAUGAUGAUGAUGAUGAUGAUGAUGGUGAUAAGGGGGGAGGCAUUUUCAAUAGGAUUAAGAAAAUAAUAACAGGAAACUUGUUGGAUGAAACUGAAGUUUUAGAUUGGAUGGUCAAACAAAAAGAAGAUGAAAGUAUUGAAGAAAUCGAUAGAAAUAGAUUAUCAAAGUAUAUAGAGGCAAAAGAAUUUUUAGCAGUUGUCUUUUAUAAAGAAGAGGAUCCUCUUAGUCCAAGAAUUUUAAGACAUGUAGAAUUGAUAGACGAUGAAGCCGCAGAAUAUGGUAUAAAGAUCGUGAAAUGUAGUGAUCGUCUUAUGGCAAAGAAAUAUGGUUUUCGAAACCCCCCGGGAAUAACGUACUUUAGAAAAACUAAAUACAUCAAUUAUGAUGGGGACAUGGACGAUGAAGAAGAGAUAUUGGACUGGUUAACAAAUCCCGAAAAUAUGGAGCUUACGGAUCAUAUUGAAAAAGUUAAUAAAAAAAUGUUCCAAAAGAUUAGACAAACGUCGGAUUAUGUUGCCGUAUUCUUUUACAGUAAUGACUGCAAACAAUGUCCAAAAGUACUGUUAGAAAUUGAGCACAUUGAUGAUGAUGCUGAUGCUGCGGGCAUAAAUUUUGUCAAAAUAAACGACUGGCAGAUGGCGAAGGAGUUUGGAGUAUUUGCAUUGCCAGCCGUCUUGUUUUUCAAAUUGGGUUCUAAAGAUCCAGUCAUAUACGCUGGUGAUCUCUAUGAUGGCCAGCAAUUACUGAGUUGGCUGCUGACUCAGAAAAAUCCAGCAGGAGACAUAAUAGAAGCAUUAGAAGGACAAGAGUUACUGGAUCUCAUCAGUGACUCUGGAUCCUUAGCCGUGUACUUCUGGAAUAGAACGUUAUGUGAACUAUGCAGUGUUAAAUCCUCGCAACCAAAAAAGCCAAAAAAGAGUUUUAGAGAAAACGAGGACGAAGAAUUACAGGAAAUAGACUUUGAUUCCCUCGAUUGUGAGCAAUGCUCUGGAAUAUUGGAAGAAUUAGAGAAUAUUGACGAUGACUGUGAUAGACAUGGAAUUAAAUUUGUCAAAACACAAGAUUACUCGAUAUCUGAAUCAUAUGGAGUGACCGAUUUUCCUGUCCUUGUAUACUUCGAGAAUAAUGUACCAAAUGUUUAUGAGGGUUCUUUAGCUGAAGAAGAAGAAGUGCUGCAAUGGCUUAUCACACAGAAGACAGAAGAUCGUAUUGAGUUAAUUACUAGAGUAAUGCUUGAGAAUAUGGUUGAGGAAACUCAGUACUUGGCAGUAUACUUCUACAAACUAAACUGCCAUAUUUGUGAACACAUUCUAGAAGAAUUAGAAAAGAUUGACGAUGAAUGUGACGUAUAUGGCAUACAUAUGGUUAAAAUUCAGGACCCUCAACUUGCGAAGAGAUAUUCAAUUAAAACUUUUCCAGCUAUGGUGUAUUUCAGAAACGGAAAUCCGCUCUUAUUCGAAGGUGACCUACAAAAUGAAGAAUCUAUUCUUGAAUGGCUUGUGGAUGAUGAUAAUCGUGAACUUGCAGACGAAAUUGAAUCUGUCAAUGACCGAAUGCUUGAACGUUUGCUAUACGAGUCCCAUUUACUAGCUGUAUUUUUCUAUGAUGAGGAAGAUUGUCCAGAAUGUCAAGACAUUUUGGAGGCUUUGGAACAGAUUGAUGGAGAGGUUGACCAAUACGGUAUCGAUUUUGUAAAAAUCGCCAGCCCUGAGGCAGCGGCUGCCCACAACAUAAUAAAUAUACCCUCCUUGGUAUAUUUCCGAAAAAGAGUGCCAAUGUUGUAUGAUGGUGACCUACAUCAAGUGGAUAGAGUGUUACAGUGGCUGACGUCUCAAGAUGUUUUUGAAAUAAAGAAUGAAAUCGAAGAAGUAAACAGGAAAAUGCUUGAUAAGUUAUUGGAAGAAAACGAAUUCCUCGCUGUUUAUUUCUAUGAAAACUCUGUGGAAAGCCGUAUCGUUUUGGAUAAGUUAGAAAACAUUGAUAGCGAGACAGACAAUUUAGAUAUCACGUUUGUUAAAAUGCAUGAUCCCCGGUAUGCAAGAAAGUGGGGUGUCACUAAAUUGCCCGCCAUCGUGUACUUCAGAAAACGAUUUCCAAGUAUUUACCGAGGGGAAAUUAUGGCCGAAGAGGAAGUUCUUGAAUGGCUGAGGAAGAAUAGAUUUAGGCAGCCGGAGCUUAACAUAUUCAUGUACGCUUUGAUAGCCUUAUCAAUAGCGUUUGUUAUGUAUACUGCAUUUUUGCUGCAGUGUUUCAAACCUUCGCCUCAAACACAAACGCAGCAUCCAAAACAAGCGUGAAAUGUGUUCAUCAGGUUAAGAAUGCCUUAAGUUUUAUAUUAUAUCUAUACAAUCUAUAUAACUUCCUACGAGGUUUAUGGAACGUUCCAUCUCCUUAGUCGACCUUAAUGAGAAAUAGUAUGUACUCAUAUAAUAAUUCUUUGAGCUAGCUGAAACAGGGAUAGAACCUUUUGCUACUUAAUUUAUACCACGAAUACACUAACAAUUAUGGGAUCAAAUUAAAGUAACGUUUCUUAAUAGGUUUUAGGAUAACCGUCACCCCAGUGUAGAACGCGCCUUUGUCUCCGAUCAUAUUUUUAUACUAAGCUUUAUGUUUAAAAUAACAAUAUAUUAUAUAGGCACUCUAAGUGACAGACCGAAGUCUCUUCUUUGAUAUUUUCGUUUAAUACAAAUUUAUACGGCAUUUUCUUUUUCUUAAGACUGUAUAAUGAUAAUCUUUUUCGCUGAUCGUUUAGUCACCACGAUUCUUUGCAUAGUAUAUUUAAAGCAUGUCGUUUUAAUCUGUUGAAAACAUUUUUUCCAGUUAAUGAUGAUAAUGAUGGUUGCUAAACAUUUUUUUUUUCUUUCGGCCAACACUUAAUUUUUUAUUUUUAAUAACACGACGCGUCCUUAGCUAUUUUUCUUAUAUUUUUAAUUUUGUUGGUUUUUAAGAUUCGUAUUAAUAUAUAAAUAUUAUGUCUCCAUCAAUAAUACAACGACUUACCUAUCUAUUUUGCCAUUCCCCUAAUAUUGAGUACAUCAAGAUUGCAUCGCCGGCUUCAAAAUAAAUAAAUAAAUAAAUAGAAAAGACAUGUUUUAUUACAAUAAUAUAAGGGACACAUGAGAAACUUUUUCAAAAGGUUACCCUAGAGAUGCACAAAUGAUGCUCCAACAAGUUGAAGCGUUUGCGCGCGUGUUAUAUAUUGUUAAUGAUGUACAUAAAAUGUAAAUAUUAAAAAUAAAUAAAAAAUGUAAAAAUAA